AUGUCGCAACAUCAAUCUUCUCACUCAUCACUUCUCCUUAAUUUUGAUCAAACCACAACAAGCAUCUCUCAUUGCUAUAGUGGAGGUUGUGAAGGCACUGAUUUUGAGUGGACAAAAGCUUUCGGAAAGAAGAGCGUUGUCUAUUCCUUUGCUGGACAUCAUCAGAGAGUAUUGCCAAAUGUUGGAGAACAAGUAAUAACUCUGGACAAGAAAGAAUUGGCAUUUGCUGAUAAGAAAUUGAGUGAAGCAAAUAAGUAUCUCAAGAGAAGGAAUACCAAGUUCAAUUUGCUGAGACGAAACUAUUAUAUUAUCAGUAAGGCAGCUUCAUGUUAUGCCAUUAUUGAAGAGUUUGAGAAUAAAACAGCAAGUAAUAAGAGUUCGGUGAGAAUAAGAGGAGGAACAGCUUGGGGAUGUCAAAUGUUUCUAUUGAAAUACAUUUCGGAAAAUCAAAUACAAGAUAAGAAGAAUGUUCAACCCCAUUUAUAUGCAUUUUGCCAAGAAGCAGGUAAUUGUAAAUGGUUUGGAAUUUCUAUGGAUGUGAAAGGAGGUGAAAUUGUUAAUACUGAUUGGUCAGAGAUGAAUCCAAAGAAAUUGAGUGGAAAAUUUGCAGGAAUUGGUGUGAGAGCAAUCAACGAUAGUGGAAACAAGCCAUUCAAAGGUUGGCUAAGGAAGCUUCUAUUGUGA